AUGCAAAAUGCUCUGACAGUUGAUGUUGAUGCAAGAUGGGUUAUUUUUGUAAUCCUAUUGCUCCAUGACCGUCUGUUGAGAUCUGUCAACCCGUUGCUUUGUGGUGAUGCGACCACGCGGCAGGGAGUCGCGCAGAUAAUGUACAGAUUAGAUGGAGAUCUGAAAGGUACCACAUUGUUUAACAAACUCAGAGCAUCGGUGGGCGUCGGUAACGGCGCGGUUUUGCAGCAACGUCACCAGCGGGGAGAACCCGCCGCGUGGAUGGUGGCGGGCGAAUGGGGCUAUGCGCCGGCGUCGGCCACCCCCGCCAUGAAUGCGUUUCUAGAGACCAACCAUGCGCACCUCGCUUCCUAUGGGCUGAAGAUGUCACCGCAACCUGCGUGCGGUGUAGGCGCCCAGCAUCGUGCUGCUGCGCCACACCCGCCACCGCCUCAUCAUCCUUCACACUAUCAGCCAUAUCCACUACACUCAUACCAGCCAGGAUACCUAAGAGAGUACAGUGGUUGCGGAGAGCUCUUUCCACAACAGCCAUUGGAGCAAGGCUGGGAGUGGAGGGGCGACGUACACUAUCAGGGCAGUGCGCCACCACUCGUCCCGCAUGCACACGCCCAUGCGCCUCACGCCUUUCUACGCUACGUGCGGGCACCACCACGGCGAGAUAUGCGCUGUCAGUGGCUAGACCCUGAGCAGCCACCACCGAGGAAAUUGUGCAACAAACUAUUCUCCAGCAUGCAUGAAAUUGUGACGCACCUGACAGUAGAGCAUGUCGGCGGGCCUGAGUGCACAACCCACGCGUGUUUUUGGCAGGGUUGUUCGAGGAACGGGCGGCCAUUUAAAGCGAAAUAUAAAUUGGUUAAUCACAUUCGAGUACACACUGGAGAAAAACCUUUUCCUUGCCCUUUCCCUGGAUGCGGUAAAGUCUUCGCAAGAUCCGAAAACCUAAAAAUACACAAAAGAACACAUACGGGAGAAAAGCCGUUCAAAUGCGAGUACGCCGGUUGCGACCGUCGAUUUGCUAACUCCUCGGAUAGAAAGAAACAUUCACAUGUACACACAUCAGACAAACCCUACAACUGCCGCGUGCAUGGCUGCGACAAGUCAUAUACGCAUCCAUCGUCGCUCCGCAAACACAUGAAAGUGCACGGUGCGGCUGGCGACCAGUCGCCGAGGUAUGACAGCGACGGCGACGACUCGUCCUCAGCCGGUAGCGUGAGCGUGACAGCAGGUGCAGCCAGUCCUGCCGCACCGCUUCCUCCGCCUCCCGGCCCCGCACCUCAGCACCACCCACAUCAUCACCCCUCAAUCACAGAUAAACUCGAAAGUCUCAAUGAAAAAUAUCUCAACCCUCACGAUCAAAAACCGUACGAAAGACCGCCCGCACCGCCCCAUCACAACCAACCUCCGCAUCUCACUAACUUAGGCGGAAACGGUGUGAUGGAUAAUAAACUAGGCUUUGGUGGGCACUGGACGCAAUUCCAGCAGCCUGCACCGACAAUGCCUCACGGUGUCCCCGAUUGGUGGUGUCCAACCCAAGAGACGUACCACCAUCAUCACCUGAUGCAUCAUUCUGGAGCCGCCGCGGCAUACUGA